GAUUCACUACCCUAAGAAGCUCCACGGGCAGCUGUGAGAGUGGGAACCCGGCUAUGGCGACCCCAUCGCUCGAGGAAGGGAAAAGAGGCCACCAGACAAAGCAAGCAAAUAUUGCGAGUAGCAUGUUAACUGGUUUUAGGGCUCUUGUUCUUUGCGUCUCUUCGAUUCGAUGAAGAGAGGAAUGGAAAGGUACUGCUGGAGAUUUGUUUGCGAUGAUCCGGCGCGACAAGCUCCCCCUGUCGUUCGCCAGGAGCAAUCCAGCCUCGACACGCCCCAAUCCGUCGCUGACAACUCGAAAUCCUUCCCGAUCGAAGCUCCCGAGGCCGCAUUUCCGCGAGAAAUCCCGCACAGAGAUGAGAGCUCGUACAGGGAGGAAAGAUUUCUCCCGAUGAGGGACGAGCAAGGGUCGAUGUUCUUGGUGGAGCGAUUCGGCGGCGCCAGAUUCCACGUCUGGAAGAUGAGGAUGCAAAUGCUGCUGGUGCUACACGAUCAGUGGGGCGUGGUGAGCGGAUCGGAGGCCCGGCCGGAAGAAUCCGCCAGGAAGGAAGAUCGCCUGGAGUUUGAGAAGAAGGACGCGAGAGCACGAGCGAAUAUUUUGCUCCAUCUCGAGGACAGGCAACUAAUGCAGGUGUGGCACACGACGUCAGCGAAGCAGGCAUGGGAUCUCCUGGUGGCGAUCUUGGGAUUUAGGGUUCUAGCGGCCGGAUAGACAGAAAGAAUGCUAGUGUAGCUUUAGAUUCCUUAGUGGUUAUAUCACUACGUAAAUAUAACCUUCUUUAUCACAUUAGCUUUUUCUAACCAAAUUAGUUCUAUC